AUGCGGCCCCACGGUGACAUCAUCGGCCCCGGUGACAUCAUCACCCGCGGUGACAUCAGCUCCCACGGUGACACCUGCCAUGGUGGUGUCUCCCCUGGUGACAUCCCCCACGAUGACUUUGCCUCUGGUGGCUUCUGCCACGGUGGCAUCUCCCGCAAGGGCCUCUUGUGCGGUGGCAAUUCCCACGGUGACAUCAUCGCCCACAGUGGCAUCUCCCACGGUGACAACUUCCACAGCGACAUCUCCCCUGGUGACAUCUCCCAUGGGGACAUCUCCUGCAGUAGCAUCUCCCACAGGGACAUUUCCCGUGGUGGUAUCUCCCACAGUGACUUGGCCCACGGUGGCAUGUCCCACAGUGGUGGCAUCUCCCAUGACAGCACCUGCCAUAGUGGCAUCUUGCAUGGUGGCAACUCCCAUGAAGACCCUGCUCAUGGUGGCAUCUCCCAUGGUGGCGUCUCGUGUGACAGCAUCUCUCACAGUGGUGGCAUCUCCCAUGGUGAUGGCAUCUCCCAUGAUGAUAUUUCCCAUAGCGCCAUCUCACAUGGUGGCAUCUGCCAUGACAAUGUCUCCCAAGGUGGCAUCUCCCAUGGUGGUGUCAUCUUCCGUGAUGGCAUCUCCUAUGAUGGCAUCUACCGUGGUGGCUUCUCCCACGAUGGCAUCUCCUCUGACGGCGUCUUGCACGAUAGUGGCAUGUCCCACAAUGGUGGCAUCUCCCUUGGUGGCAUCUGCCAUGAUGGCACCUCCCGUGACAGCACUUCCCAUGGCGGCACCUCCCACGGCAGCACCUCCCAUGGCAGCACCUCCCAUGGUGGCACCUCCCACGGCGGUGGCCUCUCCCAUGAUGGCAUCUCCCAGGACGAUGGCACUUCCUGCACCGUUGCCUCCCGCAGUGGUGGCACCUCCCAUGGCUUCCUCCUCCGCCUUUCCAACCACCCCCGGUGGCCUCACCACCUCCUCCUGCUGCUGCUGCUCCUCCUCCUCCCACCCCCUUCACAAGGGGCCACCUUCAAGGUGGGGGUGAUGGGUCCCUGGAGCUGUGACCCUCUCCUGUCCCGGGCCCUGCCCGACGUGGCCUCCCGCUUGGCCGUGGCCCGGCUCAACCGGGACCCGACGCUCAACGAAGGCUACUGGUGGGACGCGGUGGUGCUGCCGGAGGCGUGCGUCACCCCCCAGGCCGUGGCGGGGCUGCUCAGCGCCGAGCGUUACGCCACGGGGCUGGUGGGACCCCUCAGCCCGGGGGCUUGCGGGGCCGCGGGGCUCCUGGCCGCUGCCUGGAACAAACCUUUGGUGUCCUGGGGGUGCAUGGGGGCCCCCGAAGGGUGGCCCACCCUGGCACCGCCGCUGCCGGCCCCCGCCGGGCUGCUGCACGCCGUCCUGCGCUUCUUCCGCUGGGCCCACGUGGCCGUGCUCACCGCCCACCACGACCUCUGGCGCGAGGUGGGGCAGGGCCUGGCCGAUGGGCUCCGGGCCCGGGGGCUCCCCGUCACCGUGGUCACCUCCACCGGGCCCCACGAGGACGAGGCCCGCGACGCCCUGCGGCGGGUGCAGCGGGCCGACGGCGUCAGAGUGGUGGUGCUGUGCAUGCACUCGGUGCUGCUGGGCGGCGAGGAGCAGCGGGUGCUCCUGGAGAAGGCGGAGGACAUGCGCAUGACCGAUGGCACCUACGUCUUCAUCCCCUACGACGCCCUCACCUUCCCCCUGCCCUACCACCGCGUGCCCUACCCCAUCCUGGCCAACAACACCAAGCUGCGCCUGGCCUACGACGCCGUCCUCACCAUCACCAUCGACUCGCCCGAGGUGGACUUCCACGAGGCCCUGCGCCAAGCCCAGGAGGCCUAUGAGAUCCCCGGCCACAUCGACCCCACCCAGGUCCACCCGCUCUUUGCCACCAUCUACAACUCCAUCUUCUUCCUGGCCAAGGCGGUGGAGGCCACGCGGCGCGCCGGGCGCUGGGUGAUGGGCACCAGCGUGGCUGAGCACGCCCGGGACUUCAACCUGGAGGGCUUCUGCCAGCCGCUGGCCGUGGACGAGGACGGGGACGUCAGCGUCCCCUACGUGGUGCUGGACACGGACGGCAAGGGCGACCAGCUGCGGCCCGUCUACGGGCUGGAGCCGGGCACGCGGGGGCUGCGCUCCCUCGGCCACAGCGUCCACUGGCCCCACGGCGCCAGCCCCGGCACCGACGCCAGCUGCUGGUUCGACUCGGGCGCCAUCUGCAACGGGGGCAUGGAUGCCAGUUUCGUCCUCCUCAUGUUCACCCUCGUCUGCGCCCUCAUCAUGGCGGGGGCCGCCCUCGCCUGCUUCAUCAGGCGCCGCAUCCAGCAGGCCCAGCUGAUGAAGGGGCCCAACAAGAUCAUCCUCACCCUGGAGGACCUGACGUUCAUCAACACCCAGAGCAGCAAACGGGUGGACGAGAGCCGCGCCAGCCUGGCCAGCCGCAGCGGCGCCGACGCCAAGAGCAUCCGGAGCGUCACCGCCGGCCCCGAGGCCACCAACGUGGCCAUCGCCGAGGGAGCCGAAAAGCCGCCGGGGAACGGCCACCUUCCCCUCCUCCUCCUCUUGUUUAACCAGCAGGGCCUUGUCGCCUCCGUGCAGGGCGACUGGGUCUGGCUGAAGAAGUUCCCCGGGGACCAGCACAGCGAGGUGAAGCCGGCCACCAAGUUGGCCUUCUGCAAGCUGCGGGACCUGCGCCAUGAGAACGUCAACCUCUUCCUGGGCUUCUUCCACGACUGCGGCAUCUUCGCCAUCGUCUCGGAGCACUGCUCCCGGGGCAGCCUCGAGGACCUGCUCCGCAACGAGGACAUGAAGCUCGACUGGAUGUUCAAGUCCUCCCUCCUCCUUGACCUCAUCAAGGGCGUGCGCUACCUGCACCACCGCGACGUGGUCCACGGGCGCCUCAAGUCGCGCAACUGCGUGGUGGACGGGCGCUUCGUGCUCAAGGUCACCGACCACGGCUUCAACCAGCUGCUCGAGGCCCAGCGGGUGGUGGCCCCGCCCCUCCAGCCCCACGAGCGGCUGUGGACGGCGCCGGAGCUGCUGCGGGAGCCGGCGCUGGAGCGCCGCGGCACCACGCGCGGUGACGUGUACAGCGUGGGCAUCAUCAUGCAGGAGGUGAUCUGCCGCGGCGCCCCCUACUGCUCGCUCGGCAUGGCCGCCGCAGAGAUCAUCCAGAAGGUGGAGAAACCCCCACCACUGUGCCGGCCCUCGGUGUCACUGGACCAGGCGCCCCUCGAGUGCAUCCAGCUGAUGAAGCAGUGCUGGAGUGAGCAGCCCGAGAGGCGCCCCACCAUUGACCAGAUCUUUGACCAGUUCAAGAACAUCAACAAGGGUCGGAAAACGAACAUCAUUGACUCCAUGCUACGCAUGCUGGAGCAGUACUCCAGCAACCUGGAAGACCUCAUCCGCGAGCGCACUGAGGAGCUGGAGAUUGAGAAGCAGAAGACCGACAAGCUCCUCACCCAGAUGCUGCCCCCGUCAGUGGCUGAGGCGCUGAAGAUGGGCACCCCCGUGGAGCCUGAGUACUUCGAGGAGGUAACACUCUACUUCAGCGACAUCGUGGGCUUCACCACCAUCUCGGCCAUGAGCGAGCCCAUUGAGGUGGUCGACCUCCUCAACGACCUCUACACCCUCUUUGACGCCAUCAUCGGUGCCCAUGACGUCUACAAGGUGGAGACCAUCGGGGACGCCUACAUGGUGGCCUCGGGGCUGCCCAAGCGCAACGGGAACCGCCACGCCGGCGAGAUCGCCAACAUGUCGCUCGACAUCCUCAGCUCCGUCGGCACCUUCAAGAUGCGCCACAUGCCCGAGGUGCCCGUGCGCAUCCGCAUCGGCCUCCACUCGGGGCCCUGCGUAGCUGGGGUUGUGGGCCUCACCAUGCCGCGCUACUGCCUCUUUGGCGACACCGUCAACACGGCCUCCCGCAUGGAGUCCACCGGCCUGCCCUACCGCAUCCACGUGAACGUCCGCACCGUCACCAUCCUCCACGCGCUCAAGGAGGGCUUCAAGCUCGACAUCCGGGGCAAGACGGAGCUCAAGGGCAAAGGUGUGGAGGAUACGUACUGGCUCGUGGGCCGGGAGGGCUUCAACAAGCCCAUCCCCACCCCCCCAGACCUGCUGCCUGGUGCCAGCAACCACGGCAUCAGCCUGGACGAGAUCCCGCCCGAGCGGCGCCGCAAGCUGGAGAAGGCCCGGCCGGGGCAGGUGCCCAAAUAGCUGCGGGCUGAGGGGCCUGCUAGAACUGCCAGAGUUUGGAGUCCUCCAGACCAUAGAGACCUGUCCCCAGGGCGACCUCCAUAGAGCCACUCUGUGCCUGUGUGCAGCCCUUCUCUAUGGUCACAGAGCACAUCUCCAAUGGAGGCCUUGGAGUCCUCCAGACCACAGAGGUGGGGCUGGAGGGCCCCUCCCCGGAGCCGCUCUGCACCUCCAUGGAGCCCUGCUUGGCGGCCCCCUCACUGUGAGCAUAGAGACCGCCGAGCUGCAGCUAGAGUGGCCCUUCCACAGAGCCACUCUGCACCUCCCCGGUGCCCUCCCCACGCUCUAUGGUCCCCCUUUCCCGGCUCUCCUGUGACCACGGAGCCCCGCGCCCAGAGCGGCGGCCUAGCACGUGCCCCAGGGCAUUGUGGGACUUGGGCCCAUGAGCCCGGUGCAUCAUGGGAUGCUGACCGCCAUCCGGAUUGCUGCAGCUGCUGCCGGCCCCGGGGCAUGAUGGGAGCCGGCUUGGCCUGGGCCCACCCUUGGCCUUCCUCCAGGAGCAUCAUGGGAAGGCAGCCCAGGGGCAUGAUGGGACAUGGGGGGGGGGAAUACCCAUCUGGCAGUCAAAAAUCCCCCCCUUAAAGGGAUUUUCCCCCUUCUUAAAGGGGCAGA